UGUAAAUUGUUCUUAAGUAAACACAUGUAGAUAUUUAAGAAAAAAACAACAAUACAUAUCAAUCUAUAUAAUAUGUCGGAGAAGAGAUGAGUAACACAUAAAAAAGUAGAGAGAAGACGAAUUCAAUAUGAGAUUUAAAGACAUUUUCGGUUUGAAAAUAUAAAAAAAUUGUGUUUAAUCGAUUUUAUUAUUUUUCUUCUAAAAUAAAUACGUUUCAAAAUUUUUCAAAAAUUUUAAAAUGACUCGAAACGUUUCCUAUAAGUUUCGGAGAGUUUCGAAAACGGAAACAUUUUCGAAAUGUAGAAUCGCAUACUAUUGUAAGUUUCCGUGCUACUUAGAUGGUGGCCAAGAUUUUGACCAGUCAGCAUGGACAUGGAUUGUGUUUUGGGACUGGAUUGUUGGCUUUCCAUGGGUGCCUGCACUUUACACCGGCGUAUUCUCAACUGGGAUAUUCUUAUGGAUAGAGAUUGCUGCCAUGCGAGAUGUUUCAGCUACAGAAACAGCCAUAAUUUAUGGGCUGGAACCACUCUGGGGUGCUGGUUUUGCAUGGUUUCUCCUUGGUGAAAGAUGGGGUACUGCAGGGUGGAUAGGGGCUGCUCUUGUGCUUGCAGGUGGAAGCUUGUUGGUGCAGAUAAAUGGGUCCUGCCCUCCUAACAAAUAUCUAGAAGGUGAAGAACAUAACCAGAAAGCCAAACUUUUGCUGGUUGCAGAUUUGGAAAAGCAAAAACUGCAAAAUACACUGACCACUUCUCCGGUAUUUGUAAGAUCCAAAGAGGUUGUGUCAGAUAUGUUGGAGCGAUCCUUGUUGGUGUAUAUCAUAUAGGUUUUCUGUAUAAAUUUUCUGGCAGAAAAAGGGUUAUAUAAUACAUGUCUCUCCACCAAAACUCGGAAUUUCUCAAUCUGGCUAACAAGGGGAUUCCAAGAGGUAUCGAGAUAACUGUAACAUUAAGAAAACAAAAGAACCAGUUUCCUAUUCCUGUAACAUUUUGACGGGUUUAAACUGAAGUUUGCUG